AUGGAUCCCGAGGACUCCUUAGACCUGUGGAGGACUGUGGUAGGCCACUUGGCUAAAGAGCGAACCGGUAAGACGGCGUCGCCGCCGUCGCUGAGGGCGCAGCGGUAUUCCGCCUGGAUGCGCAGCCACGCAUAUCUGCUGCAUGAAGCUUUGGAAGAGGAUGGCCUGACUUCCUCGGAAGACAUAGACAAAGGACUCGGUGCGCUGGAAAAUGUCUUUCAACACGAUUCUGACGACGACUCAGACCCUAUUCUACGCAACGCCGUGCCCUUCCCGAAACUGCAAAGGAUCCGUAAUAUGAUCAAGCAGCCGAACCGCGAAAACCAAUCCGAUGUUAGCUCGACGAUUCGCAUCAGCAAACGUCCGCGAGAGAAUGAGGCUGUUAUCCAAGAGUUUUCACGCUUGGAAAAAAAUGCAAAACGACGCCGAGAUAUGACUCGUGAAGAGCCGACCGCCGUUGAUGAUAUAGAAGAGCCUGAAGUGGAUUGUGCCAUUCUACUGAGACGAUAUUCCGAAUCGUUACAUCAGGGAUUGCGAACACAAUGGGCUUGUGUCUGUCAAAAGUGCUCCGGCCUCAGCGUCGGGCUUGCGUUACCUCCUCGGAAAACAAGCUGUGGAGAAGGAACCAGCUUCAAGAUGUUCUUUUGCGUACGUUCUUUCUCUGAGAACGCAUUGAAAGAGGCCAAGAUAACAGUCAAAGCCGUUCAGGGUAAGACGGGCAAGAGCACCUCUGAAUUCGCAAACAUCUGCAAGUCCAUAACGGAGUCGCUCUCCCAGAGCAACUGCUUGCAUCUCCUUUACGACGGGAACAGGUUCGAGACACUCCGCCCGGAGCCAAGGAGCUUUGGCGGCUACCAAAUACCACAGGCAGUGUCCCUGUCGGUCUUCUUUCAGCGCCAGCAAGAGCUAAGAGGCGGGUCAUCGGUUCUACCACUUCAAGCGAAACGAAUAUUGGCACUCAUUCUCGCCAAGGCCUUGCUGCCAUUCUUAGAGACUCCGUGGGUGCAGCCCUCGUUCAGUCAUUCCAACAUUCUAUUUUUCCAGCCGCUGCAGUACGGAGAGUUGCCGAGCAUUACGAAACCGUUUCUCAACAUGGAGCACGUUGCACUCAUCUCAGGCAACGCAGUAGGCGAUAGCGGCGCGCCCGCUGACCCAUCCAUUUCCAGACACAUGGUACAUCCCAAUGCCAGUGUGUUGGCGCUAGGGAUUCUCCUGUGUGAGCUUCACUACUGUACGCCGGUGGGCCUAUUGAAAAAUAACGGAAUGGGAAUGGGAACCGAAGACGUGAAUGCUAGCUAUUACGCCAGCAUUGAAAUCUUGAAAAACUUGGAAGAUGACGCUGGUGUAGAUUACUACCUCGCAACUAAAGCCUGCCUGCAGUGGGAAUAUUUUCCUGCAGGAGAACAGACAAGUUUUGAGUCUAUUAGCGUCCAAAAGCUGUUCUAUCAGAACGUCAUUAAGCGACUCGAAUCCGUACUUUUCAAGUUAUGGCCUCUCAAGUCUCAAGACCUGAGUUGUCUUGAUGCUUACGAAAAUCAAAAGUGCUGGGGCGAGAUUGGGCGAGACGUUCUCCGCCAACAAACUAGCAAUUUCGGGUCUUCUGCCAAAAGCGACCAAGACAAGGCAGCUUCUUCACCUCCGAUGUCCCUGCACUUUACUCCCCCGAACCCGGUUGUGCAAAUGCCGGCUCAGUACCCUAGCUCCAUCCCAACUACUACACCAAUUGCGAGGUCUUCUACCGAGCGCUUGUAUCUAUUUGAUGCAAGCCAUCAGAAGAGCUCCGACGACGAUGCCGACCUCGCUGACAGGUGGAUGGAUGAUCUCAUCUCCUCGCUCCAUCCCCAUGUUGAUGCGUUUGAUGCUGCUGCACGCCCCCUCGAUACAUCUACCAAGAAUGCUUCAGAUGCGCCCAAACCAGUGAAAAUAGCGAUCCUAGAUUCCGGGUUCGACCCUCAGAACCCUCUCUUACGCGCUGAUGGGCAUCAGCUCGACCCACGAAUCAAGGACGCCCGAAACUUCGUUCAGGGCAGAGGACCCUUCGACUAUCAAGAUGAAAUUGGACAUGGCAGUCAUACCCUCGGAACUAUGCUCAAAAUCGCCACAUGUGCUGAGAUUUAUGUUGCAAAGAUUGCCAGUAGCGAGGCCAUUCAUCACGCAGUCAAAGAGUGGGACGUGGACAUUAUUUCGAUGUCAUUCGGCAUUCGGGAAUACAACGGACCCAUGACUGAAGCAGUGGGCCUUGCCCUACACAGUCAGAAACUGAUGUUUGCUGCGGCUUCCAACGACGGCGCAAAUUUUGGACGAGCUUUUCCAGCGAAAUACACGGGCGUCUUUUGUAUACAUUCGACUGAUGGAAAUGGAAACCCGUCUUCCUUCAAUCCUACAGCAGAUGACAAGGAUGUCAACUUCAGCUUACUCGGUGAGCAUGUCCGUUCUCAUUGGCCAGCCGGAAAGGGUGGUCACAACGACAGUGUCAGAGUUCUGUCAGGAACUUCAGUAGCAACCCCCAUCGCCGCUGGACUUGCAGCUAUGAUUUUGUCAUUUGUCCGACAACAAGACAAUGGCUUGAAUGCAGACAGCGACAAGCUGGGGCCUUGGUUGAAGGACUCCCAUGCCAUGGAUGCGGUUCUCCAGAGCAUGGUCCGGCAGAGGAGAGGAUCAUCUAGGGAGAGCAUCUACAACAAGAUCAAGGAGUUGAAAAAACACAUGUAUCGCUAG